AUGGAUAACAAACCUGUUUCUCGGGGCAAUAACCCGACUCUUGUCUCAUCAUGGGCAAAUGUUGUAAAAAACCAGAAUCAGGAUGACAACGCGAAUGAGAUGGUCCAUGGCACUCCUCUGGGUAAUGCCCGUAUGUCAUUUAAACCUAAAGGUACCUACAAGAAACCCAACACUCAACCAGGCCAGCGUGACCAUUCAAUGACGCUACCGAUCCACCCCGGUCAGUCUUUGGUAUCUACCCCGGCUACUUUCAAAGGACAAUACCUUCAACAGGUCCAAGCUACGAGGCAGCAAGUAAAUCAGAAGUUUGACUUGGAACAUGGCGCGGUUCAACUCAAAGAUGUUCAGGAUACACCCAGCCUUAAUCUUGAACUUGCUUCUAUGAAAGCAACGGUCUCGACACUACAAGAGGAUUUGUCUCGCAAGAAUGGGGAUUUGAUCCAAGCAAGAGCAGCGCUAGCUAGCAAAGAUAUGCAGAUCAAAGAUCUCCAGGAUGCUGUUGAAAUGCUGAAGGAGAAUAUACGCUCCAUUAACGCUGCUGCCCAGACAGGCGAAGAUAAGGAUGAGUUGAUUGCGAAACUUGAGUGCGAAAAUGCCGAGUUACGAGACUCCAUCCAUACUGGAAUUAUUUCCAUCAGUCAAGUCUACGGACCUGGCAGUGAUCAAGCCUUUAUUCAUAUGGCGGCAAAUCAAACAGGAGACUCUUGGUCCACUCCGAAAAACAGCGCAAAUGGCCGUCAGGAUUAUCAGAAUUCUGGACAGACAAUGCGUGUGCAAUCGCCAUCCCACCCCCAGCAGGCAUUAAAGCAGGUUAAUGGUGCACAUCACGGACAGCCUAUGCGCCCAACAGCUAAUAGUAAGAAGCCUGAAGUUCAAAAAGAGAACAAAAGUUCCAAACACGCACACCAACUUUCUAAUGUGCGCAAUCGUUCUAAUAAGGACGGUCACCAGACCGUCACUACAACUCACCUACCCACGAGCCAAAUUGGAAAUUCUCUAAAAGACGUCAGCUCUCCCAUCGAUGCAACUCAGCAUAUAGAAGUUAGUGAGCCUUUGAAAAAAGCUGAGCAGGUUGUCGAAAGUGCCAAGGACCUUAUACAGAAUCAAUCAGAAACCGCUGGAGAUUCACAUGGACUUAGCAAAACUGACCCUUCUGUCAAUACAAAUAAUUGUACUGAGGUCAGCCACAGCUCCGUCCAAAAGGACAAUGAAUCGAUUUCAGAUUCCAAGACCCUAUCCGACAAUGAUCCUUCCGUUGUCGGACGUUCCUCUACUCCAGCUAAUGACAAUAAAGUUAAUGACUUGAUUCAUACUGCCACCGACGAGACUUCAACCUCCGAUACUGAGACCAAUAACGAAACUUGCGAUCUGAAAGAAAGCGAGGAUAAAACUAAUGGAGACCUCGGUGCUGAAGAGGUUAGUGGCAAGUACCGCUCUAAGGGGAUACAAGAAUCAGUAAACAUCAUGGAUGGCGCACCUUUGGUUGAUGAAGUAGACGAACAUCUAAAAAGCACGGAUCCUCAAGCACACGAUCAACCUGUUCAAAUUGGAACCGGAUUAGUCUUUUUGAAACCCCUGAGUCAUAGGAUAGAAGAAGGUCGUACUGAACAUAGUGAUGACGUAUCUUCACCGCCGGCCAAUUCGAAAGGUCCUGCAGUCCUCCCGGCUAAAGAAAGUGAACACCCGGCUGAAAAUCUCGAAGAGAACGACGGAUGGGUGGACGUUGCAGCCAAGAGCAAGAUGAACAAGCAGUCUAAGAGUAAGGUCAAGGGUAAUCCCAAGAAGAGCCCCACGCCCUCAGAGAAUGGGAAAUCGGGCGGAGAACAGAAACUUGCACAAAAGCCCGUACCGAAAGAAAAGGGCAUCCCAGCAACUCUACAGAAGCGCAGAGGUAAGAAGAAUCCGGGCGGCACAAUUAUCGGAUCGAAUUCUAUCUUCUCUCGCGCAGCCAAGGAGCAACCAGAUGAAGGCGAAGUUGCAAUCAAAGAAAUUUCCAUGGAUACCAAACAAUCAAAGACCAUCUCACCCAACCCUCCUACGCCUCCUCUUAGCUGGGCUGAUGAAGUUGAAGAAGAAGAAGAAGCGCGGCGUAAGUGUUGAAGAUUCCAGCAUGCUUAUGGAUUGGCUGUUUCAAAGGAAUCAUAUGAAGAAAGUUCCAUUGAGCAUAGUGGAUUAAUUUCGCGGUAUCAUUUGGUUUAGGGUUGGAUCAAAGGACUCCAAUCUGCCUUCGGUCAGAUGGACUAGGCUUGUUUUACUAUGUAAUUAGUGAUACCUACCCGACUUCAAGCAAGGUUGGCAUUUUGUUCGUUGUAUUUACACUUCGUUAAUUCUACGAUUACUUUUAAUAUUUGUUUCUAUGCACAACUCAAAAAACUCCCCGCGGGAGCUAAUGACCUUUGUUUAAGUGUUUUAGAGGUACCUAAUCUGAUCCAAUGCGUUCUUCAAUACACAUAGAUAUAAUUUAACAUUGAACGUCAACUAACUUGUCCCUCGUCGUAA